AUGAUAUUCUUGUUUUGGAUGUUCCUUUUAGACCCACUGAUCAUGUUAAAUGGUGCAGAAAGCAUUGUGUUAAUGAUGGCUGUCUUUUUUGUGCCUUUUUUGUUAAUUGGACAUGAAGCAGGCCAAGGAGGCAUUCGAUCUCUUUACCGGGGCCAGACACCAGACCUGAAAGUUCAAAUAGAAAAACAAGCCAGCAAAGAACCCAGCCUCCAGUCCCAUGAACAAGACAUGGAGAUCGGGUAUGAGGAAGAUAAACCUUCAUCACUAACUUUUGAGGGCCUGGAGCAGAAAUUCCAGGAUGAGAUUUUGAAACUGAUAAAAGAACAUGGUGAUGAAGAGGAUGCAGAAAAUACUAGGCACAGGGAGAAAAUAGUGGAAAUAAGCAACCAAUACCAGGAGAAACUAUCAUCACUUCGAACCCUACAAGCCAAUAGAAGAGAAGAGUUUCUUCGCAAGGAAUCACAGGCACGACUUCAUCAAUAUCAGCAAGCUGGAAUAAGCCAUCACCUUGUCAUAGCAAGUUCAGUUGAUCCCCAUGGUUACAGCGGGUCUGCAGCCACAGAAGCACAUCAAGCUUAUGCCACAGGUCAGUAUGAAUCCUAUAGAGAUCGAACUUCAUCUCUUGGGGGUGGGAGGAGCCAAGGAACUGAGGGAAGGGUUCCAUAUCCGCAGGGCCGUGUGUACAACAACAAUGCUGGUGCUCGGUAUUACUAA